AUGCGCGAUAGCGAAGUUGCAAAGCUGGGAUCGUUACGGCUGGAUUCAACUGGCAAAACAAUGUAUAUUGACAACAACCAAUCGGUAUCAUUGAAAUUGGACAUUGGCCAGUCACUGGAUGAAAAUUUAGAAACUUUUUAUUGCAACAAAGAUACUUUGUUGGUAACCUAUUCUAAAGGAACGCAGCUACAAAUAACUAGGACGCUGAUCAAUAAUUUGAUUGAAGAGUAUACGGUUAAGUGGACAAACCCAAAUUGCAUACAUUAUUUGAAAGAUUGUAUUAACUUAAAAUCUGGAGGUUACUGGUAUGGUGGGCCUGAAUUAGCGCAACAGAGGUGGCCGAUAGCCGACAAUUCUUACGAUUUCGCACAGUACUUUGUUGGCGAUGCACUACAGGUGACAUUGUCUGGUUUGGAACGGUAUUGGCUUUGUUCUGAGAAAUAUGCGCUUCAUGUACCUGAGGAAGUACCAUUGUGGACGAAACAUAAGGAUGGGCAGUUAUUCCUACAAGCUCAAAUUCGAGAUUCUGUUUACAAACCUUUUUUUAAAGACAGCGAAAAUCCGGUCCUAGUUUACGUAAUUUUCAAAACAAUGUCAGAUAAGAUAAUGAGCCUAAAAUCAUUUCAUUUUGCUGUACAUUCCAUUUUAAUACAUCAGCUUCCUGAAGCUCCUGAUGAGUUAAUGAUCAGUUCUCCAAUCUGGACCACUUGGGCAAGGUACUGUGUUCAUCGUUUCGCAAAUAAUACUUGUACAUUGGCUUUUGAUGAAAAAUACAAGACCAAGAUUGAUCAAAGCGCGGUAUUGAAGUUUGCUGAAGAAAUAAAGCAACAUGGAUGCGACAUAUCACAAAUUGAACUUGACGACAAAUGGUCCACAAAGUACGGAGAUUUUAAGUUUGAUCUGUCAAAGUUUCCUGAUGUGGUCGGCAUGUGUAACCGGUUACACGAAAUGAAUAUUCGACUAACUCUUUGGAUUCAUCCUUUUAUUAAUAUUGAUUCUGAAAAUGCCAAAGACCCUACAGUGACUGGGAUCUGCGUGAAAAAUAAGGACGGGGUUCCGGGAGUUACUAAAUGGUGGAAUGGUCAGGAGGCAUUUGUUGUGGAUUUCACAAAUCCAGAUGCUGUUAAAUGGUUUAAGGACCAGUUGAACUUGUUGAAAAAGUUAGGAAUAUUCUCCUUCAAGUUCGAUGCCGGUGAAGUUUCGUAUCUUCCAAAGGACUUUGCACUUUUCUCUGGAAAAUGUCCUAAUGAUUACACAAAGGCUUACGUUGAAAUGGCAAGCGGGUUUGGAAAUGCUAUAGAGGCACGGGUCUUCAGCCGAUGUCAGAAUCUUCCAAUUUUUUUUAGGACUUUAGAUCGUCUUUCUACUUGGAGUAACGUUGGAAUCGAUACAAUUUUGCCAGUAGCAUUCAAUUUUUCAAUUUUGGGUUACUAUUUUAAUAUGCCUGAUAUAAUUGGUGGAAAUGCGUAUGCUGAGGGUAAACCCAGCAAGGAGCUUUAUAUUCGUUGGAUGCAGGCUAAUUUAUUUUUAUUGACUAUGCAGUUUUCUUACACACCUUGGGACUUUGAUGACGAAACAGUUGCUGUGUAUCAUUUGUUGAUGGAUAUACGCAAAGAAAUGUUUGUGUACUUAGAUGCAGCGGUGAAAAAUUGUUGUGAAACUGGCCAACCAGUAAUUUGUCCUAUGUGGUGGUUAAAUGACUCAGAAGAGGCAUUUACCUGUGAAGACCAGUAUACUGUUGGUGCCGAUUUGAUUGUUGCUCCAGUUUUAGUUCCUAACCAACAGAAGCGUUUUGUUUUUCUUCCAGAAAGGAAAUGGGAGUAUUAUUUGACCAAAAAAGUAUACGAAGGAGUUGCAAAGGUUGAGGUUGAGGUACAAACAUGA